AUGAACAUAUUAUUAUUAUUAUUAUUAUUAUUCUCAUUUAAUGAGCAUAGCUUGUGGCAGAUUAUGAAGGAUUCUUGCUUGGUAUAUAUUAAAACUGCCUGGCCCACUGUCCUUCAUGGUUCUCCUCGCGUAUGUUCUUGA